AUGACAGCAAGGCGCAGCGCAGGCAGCGGCCGGCCGGCCGGGCGGGAGACCGGCAGGGAGGGGCCGAGCCCCGGCCGAAGCCUUGGCACCACAGAUGAGGACAAAGACAAGAAAAUAAAGGCCAGAAAGAUGAAGAGGCAGCUUGCAGAAAAGCCAGGGGUGGUGUGCAGGCACGUGGCAAAGACCUCAACAGAAGUACAAGACCCGCCCGAGGAAGAAGUGGCCGAGGGAUGCUGCAGGCCACUGCUGCUGGAAGACCCCACGCAGCACCAGGCAGCCCCGGGGAUACAGACCACCACGGUUAAACACACAAGUGGGGACCAGAUACACCAGGGAACAGUACAGCAAGACAGUCGCACAGUCGUUCCUGGUGCGGCUGAUGCGUUUGAGCAUGUCCAGCGAUGCGGAGGUGCAGACAGUGCAACACAACACAUCCUGCACACACUGCUCCACCGGCACCACAAUGCUCACUACCUGCCCAAACCUACACAAGCAGGCACGCCCACACACUCCCUGCACGCCCACAGGCAGCAGACGAGCAGUAAGGAGAGGCUGAGAGAAAGAGAGGAAGGACCGCGUACUUUGCUGUGCUCCCAGCCCAAGGCAAGCAGGCACGUGCCCACACUGCCACACUCCCUGCACGCCCACAGGGCCACAGGCAGCAGACGAGCCGCAAGGUGCCAGCCCCAGGCUUCCUGCAGGACCGGACGCAGCCAGGAGCAGCGUUGCAAUGGAGGGUGCAAGGCCAGGAAACAGCAGCAGCAGCAGCAGCAGCAGCAGCAGCAGCAGUGGCAGCAGGAACAGCCUGGAGCAGCGGGCGACCCUGGGCGUGAGGACCUACACUU